AUGGCAGCAAUACCGCCUACAAUGCGUGCUCUGGCAAUCCCUUCAUUCGGAAGGCCAUCCAGCUAUAGUCUUGCGAACGUGCCAACGCCCCAGAUCACACAGCCAGACGAAGUGCUCGUCAAGAUUCACGCUGCGGGCGUGAAUCCAAUUGACAUUAAAGUGGCCGAAGGAGCCUUAAAGAUGGCACACAAAUACACGUUUCCUCUCGUUCUUGCAUGA